CGCUGCAGGAAUGUCGUCCGAAUGGGGAAGUGAGCUUGUCGUUUUUGACAUCAUCCGCCGUCAUGACGCCCGCCAUUUUGGCUGUACUACUCUCUAUACAUAAACACUGAGGAGCUCCUUUGGAUCUGCUUGCCUGAGCUAACCAUACACCAUACACACUCACAAUGUCGUUCCUCACCGGUAACAAGUUCGAUCCCAACAAGGACAUCCCCGACCUCAAUGGCAAGGUCUACGUCGUCACUGGCGGCUCAGCCGGCAUUGGCUUCGGUAUCGUCGCCCAUCUCCUCCAGCACAACGCGGCCAAGAUCUACCUGCUCUCCAACAAGGAACAGCACGCCGAAGAAGCGCAAGAAGAGCUCAAGAAAUACGGCGACGUGAGCCGGGUCGAGUGGAAGAAGUGCAAUCUCGAGGACCUCAGUCAAGUCGACCAAGUAGCAAAAGAGCUGUCCAAGCUCGAGCAGCUGGACGGCCUAAUCUGCAACGCCGGGCUAGGCGUCGGCGUGUACAACGAGACGCGCGACGGCAUCGACUCGCACAUGCAAGUGAACCACAUCUCGCAGUUCCACCUGGUCAUGUGCGCGCUGCCGGUGCUGCAAAAGACGGCCAACUCGCGCCUGGUGCUGCAGUCGAGCGAGCUGCACCGCUCCAUCUCUGACGUGCAGUUUGCGUCGCUGGCCGAGCUGAACCGCGACAUCGGGCCCACCAAGCUCUACAACCGCACCAAGCUCGCCCAGGUCCUGUUCGUGCGCUCCCUCGCCCGCCACGCUGCCAAGGACGAGCUCGGCUUCACCGGCAACGGCACCGCUCACGGCCCCUGGAUUAACGCUACGCACCCUGGUGGCGUGAAGACGGAUCAGCAGGACCAGGCCGUCGAGGCCUACGGCACCCUCGGCAAGGUCGGCGUCGCGGCGAUACGCCCGUUCCUCAAGGACCCUAUCGACGAGGGCUGCCGUGCUGCGCUGUUUGCGGCUACGAGUGAGGAUGUCGUCAAGGAGAAGAUUCAGGGCCAGUAUAUUGUCCCUGAUCGCAAGGUCACGGAGCCUAGCAAGGAGGCCCAGGACGAGGCGUUGCAGGAGUGCUUGUGGAAGCUCACGGAGCACUUGCUGAUGGAGAAGGUGCCCGGUGGCUUGCCGUAUGGGCCGGUGCAUGUUGACAACUUGAUGUUUGAGGGCGGGCUGCAUGGGAAUAGGCAUACUGAUAACUGAGGGAGAUGAUAAUGGCGGUAGUUGUGGGUUGGGUUUAGGACUCUGGAGAGGGUGUUUGUAAGAUGUGCGGGUGGUAGGCGAGAAAAAAGGAUACCAUAGCCU